AUGGGUGUGUGCUUUUCAAAUACUAGACAUGAUAGUUUCGGAGUUCGACGACUUCGACACAAGCUGAAAUUCAGAUAUCAAACACUUGACGGACGACUAUAUCAGGCCAUUGAUAACUCAGUGUAUUGGUUACCAAUUGACGAUAUUGAGGCUGAACGCUCAACAAACAGCCAUCUCUUUCAUAAAAGAAUUUGGAAUGGCAAUUUUCAUGCACCAAUUGCAGAGAUAUUGAAAACUGGUGGACGAAAUGUACGAGUAUUGGAUAUCGGAUGUGGUCCAGGUGCUUGGAUCUUGGACAUGGCAGAAUCCUUUCCCAAUGUAAAAUUCAUAGGAAUUGAUGUAUCACCCACUUUCCCGACUGAGAAUAUUCCACCCAACGUGAGAUUCGUUGAAUACAAUAUACUGGACGGCCUACCGAUUGCCGAUGCUUCAAUGGAUUUUAUUUUUCAAAGAUUUAUAAUACAUGGCAUCAAUGAGCAAGCAUACAAACAAAUAAUCAUUCCCGAACUGAUAAGAGUAAUGAAGCCGGGCGGAUGGAUUGAAUUCACGGAAGGUGAUAACUAUCGUUCAGAGGCUGGAAGAGUUACAAACAGACUAGCAACAGGAAUUGUUAAAUUUCUAAGGUACAGAGGAAUAAAUGAAAACAUUGGAGGAGAAUUUCCACAGAUAUGUGAAGGUACUGGACAGUUCUGUCAAAUUUCUCAUGACGCUCAGACAAUUAGACUUGGUCGUCAAGGAGGGGAAAUUGGACAAAUAGCAUUGCGAAUCAUACAUGAAGGAAUGAAAGGUGGACGAAUACCAAUUGCUGAAUAUUUAAAUAUGAUGCCCGAGCAUUACGACGCAUUAACUGAAACGAUGCUAAGUGAGGCGGAAAGAACAGAGACGACAUGGACAAUACACAAAUGUUGGGCGCAAAAAAGAUUAGAUUAA